UAGCCAGCCAAUAAGAUUGAAUUGCUAAGCUCGCAAGGCUCUACGUCAUGUACAUUUAUGUAGGGGAAGGAAGUUUGUAUGGUUUUUAAAUGUAAUGAUGUAGAAAAUGGGGGAGGGCAAUAUUUUCCAUCAUGAGUUGGUUGAAGUCUGCUACAGAAACCUUUUUGUGUUGUGAAGAGGCACUUGUUCUAAGUGAAGGAAGGAAAGAGCAAGAAGAUAUAUUUUGGGAAAGUACAGGUUAUAUUACUACUAUUUGAAACAUGUUGGAGUUCGAGGAUGAUCCUGUUCUCGAAGAAUGUGAUGAAAACAGUAAGGAACAUGCAAGAAAGCCGACAUCGUUUGCUGAGGCAUUUGGCGACCUUAAAAAUUCUGAAUUUUACAAGAAACCUGAUGAAGCUUCCAGUAGUAAAGCUACCACCAGUAGCACAUCGAAGGCAGUUAGACCCAGUGGCACCAAGUCUAAUCCAAUACUAGUCAGUCCACGACAGAGAGGGAACCCUUUGCUGAAGUCAAUCUUAAAUGUGCCUUGGGAAUAUGAAGAGAUUGUUCCAGACUAUGUUAUGGGGAGAACCACAUGUGCUUUGUUCCUCAGCCUUCGAUACCAUAAUCUCAAUCCUGACUACAUAAAUGAGCGAUUGAAGCAGCUUGGAAAGCAGUAUGAAUUGCGGGUGCUCCUAGUACAGGUAGACACAAAAGAUCCCCACCAUGCCAUCAAGAACCUAACAAGAAUCAGCAUUUUAACGGAUGUAACGUUGAUGUUAGCUUGGAGUGCUGAUGAAGCAGGACGCAUCAUAGAAACAUACAAAAUUUUUGAAAAUAAGCCACCAGACAUGAUAAUGGAAAAACAAGAAGGUAGUCCAUAUCAGAAGCUGGUGAGUGCAUUAACAACUGUUCGUUCCAUCAACCGUACGGAUGCAACAGUUCUUCUUAGAACAUUUGGUUCACUUGAGAAAAUCAUAAAAGCUACUCCAGAGACACUUGGACUCUGCCCUGGUCUGGGCCCUCAGAAGGCCAACAGAUUGCACAAGGUUCUGCAUCAAACAUUCCUCAGAGAAUCAGGUGUGAAGGGGAAAGUGAAGUCCUUGUCCAAGCGCUGAAGAAGUGGAUUAUGGUCACAACAAAGUAGACCAGUUGUCACGUUUCUAGUAAUGGCUGAUAUGAGAAGGUUCUGUAUCUACGUUUGUAACAGAGGGAAGCCAGGUAUCCAUCUGAUAUGCCUAAAAGUAGGAAACCAAAGCACAGUAAAUACUCUUAAAGAUCUCAAUUAAUGGUAUGAUAACCUUUGAGUUUCUCAUUAUGAAUGAGGAUAAAUUAAUUGUAUCUUCCAAGGGACAAGAGUUUUAGCCUUAUUUCCUUAUGCAGUAAUUUUGGUUCAAUAUGGAUAGCUCCCACGAAGGCAUGUUAUAGCCAAAUAAAGGUUUCUAUGAUCAGCUGGAGAUGUAGAUGAAGUGCAAAGUGAAUUUGCAAUCUGUACUGAAUUUUGGUGACAAACCAAGAUAGAGUUAAAAAAAGAAGAGGUUAGAGGAUAAGAAUGACCAUGGGUCUUAUAGAAAAGAGAGGUGGGGGGGGGGUAUGAAUUAUAUUAAACUGGUAUAAAAGCAUGUCCACCUGUUGGCUUUGAAAUUGUUGGAUUAGGCUUUCAUUAGCCCCCCCCCCUUUUUUUUUUGCACAAAGCCUGUAAAAUUAGCUGUAUCUCCAGAAUUUCAGUGACUUUUUUGUUGAUUAUCUACACUGAAAAUUGUCGGGGAGAUUUUAAAACUUAUCAGCAGACUGUCAAAUUAUGACACAAGGUAUUAUUUAUUUAUAGUCCCCUGACAUGUUUUGACACUUAAAUAUCAUGUUUCAGAUGUAUCCUUUCAAUAAAUAAAUUGGUAAAAUCUUGCUGAAGGUUACUUAACAAUAUGAUAUAUAAGAUAAACUGUUAAAAAAGCUAGUUCCAUAAGUGAAGUGACAUCAUGUUACAAACUAAAUUCCAUUUAAGUCUUGAUGUUCCAGUAUAAUGUUGAAAUUUAUGGUGAUAAUUUAAAAAAGAGGGAGUUAGUAGUCAUUUGAUUCAUUGUUGGUGAGAGGGCCAGUGUUUAUCUAAAGAAUAGGACACAAAUACAAAUUGUAGGUGUGUAUUUAUAGAAAGUUGUGAAACUUAAAAAAGUGUUUAAAGGUUAAAAGGUAAGCAUUUUUGGAGGAAAUUUAAUGGUGAGAACCCUUACCUGUAGAGUAUGCAACUUAUUAGGCUGUAUGUUAUCUCCUGUUGAAAGCGGACUGCUAAACCAGUGGUUAUUUAUAAAUUUCCUAUUUUUGGGGACAGAGUAGUAUUACCAACACUGUAUCCAUCUGUGUGUACUAUAUAGGUCAUAUAAGAGCGUUUACCUUUGCACUUCUGUUUGUCACACAUAUGUUUUGCUGCUGAUGACACUGUUCAGAUUGUUAAUUGGUUUAUUUAACAACCUACCAGUCUUGGCUACAACUAAUUAUAACACUGUUGCAGGUUU